AUGCUGGAUGAAACGAGGAAACUAAUGAGAAAUUUAGACAUGGACAAGCACGAACUGCAACAAACGAUCGAUCAAACAGAAACGUUGUUGGAGAUGGAGCAAGGAAAACUGGAGAGCUUGCGAAAUGAAAUGAGCAAACUUAAAGAAGAUGCUGACGACAGAUUGGCGCAUAAGGAUGAGCAGAUGGAAAACAUGAAAGCCACUCAUCAGCGAGCCUUUCAGAGCGUGCAGGAAUCAUUAGAGGCGAUCAAAAACGAAAAAGCUGAAUUAAACCGUACGAAAACAAAACUUCAGUUGGAUGUUAACGAAUUACAGCUGGCACUUACACAUGCAAAUGAGGCGAAUGAGGAGGCACAGGGCAAUAUUGCGAAAUACAUUAGUCAAAUCAGUGAACUGCAGAGUGCACUGGAUGAAGAAUACUCGAAACGAGAACAUUUCUACGAGCAAUACGUGAUGACCGAAAAGAAAGUAGCAGCCAUAGAGUCUGAGAAAGAGGAUUUAAACAAAAAGGCGGACCAGAUGAAGAAUUCUUUGAAACAGUUCGGAAAUGAGAUACAAGAAAUGAAUGAGCAUAAUGCUGAGUUGUCUGCAAAAAGCAACGAUAUAAGUCUGGCACUGAAGAAGCUUGAAGCCGACAAACUGAUAGCUGCGGCUCAACUGGAUGAGGCAUUCAACGAACUGAAAACCUGUGAAGAACGCUCGAAACAAAUCAGAGCUGAUGGUGCGCGUUUCAGCGAGUUACUGGCCCAACAGCAAAAGCAAUCUGAACAAACUGAUCAGCUCAAAAAAGCACUUGAAGUUCAAAUCAGAGAACUGCAAUCCAAAAUUGAUCUGUCUGAAAUGACAAUUCUACGCUCUGCGAAGGGUAGCGGUACACUUCUGGCUAAGCUCGAGUACCGCUAUAAAACGCUAACAGCUGAAAUUGAACUGGAAAAACAAAAAUAUCAACAGGUCGCAAAGACGAUCGCGAAAUGCGAACGUAAGUCGAAACAGUUGCAAUUUGAGAUUCAGGAAAAUGAGAAUGGCAUCAAUAGAUUGCGUGAAACCUCCGAAAAACUGCAGCGUAAACUGAAGGAGCAAAAAACACUCAUCGAUGAAGCGGUAUGUUCAUUUGGCAAAUUCUUUGAAAUUCACUGA